GAGAAACGUAUCGAUCACGUGAUCGAGAUUUUUCGUCGUGUUCUGAACGCGGCGAUGAAAAAGCGGAAGGGGAAGAAAAGGAAAGCGGAGGAAACAGCUGAAGAAUCGGAUCAAUCCACGCCCGUCAAAGUAUCAAAAAAUGAUAUACGGGCUACCCUCUCUCAAUCAGACGACCCGUUGAUGUUGAAUCUCACAAAAGGACAGAGAAAACGAGCGAAAAAGAGAGAGAAACGAGAGAGCAUGGAGGCUGCCAACUCAGCAAGGAAACCGAGCAUCGAGAUUGAUGCAUUGCAGGAAGCUCUUAAGCACAAAGAUGUGCAGGUCCUUGUUAGUCACGUGCUGCAGCCGUAUGUGCAUACAAUGCCUCCAGAUUGGUGCAGACUGCAGCACGUGUUUCUGGUGAGGAAGACGGUGGUGGUGAUGGUCAGUCAGCUGACGCCUCGGCACGUCGUCGAGCAUUCGGAGUGCUUUCCGACGUUGAUGAGGAUGUUUGGAACGGGUUUGCCUCUUAUGAGUCCAGGAACUCUUAAGUUUGUGAAAUCAGGACUAGAUGCAUUCUUGUCAAUACCUACCAAGACAGAGAGAAAAGAGAAAAAUGCUGAGAAAAAAGUUCUGGGAAGAGAAUCCUACUUGUUAUCUGCUAAAGAUCUUGAUGAGAAUGGCUUUCCAAUUUCAUUAGAAACGAUGCUCACACUCGGAAUCGACAAAACCGAAUGUCACGAGUCGAACAUGGACAGCAACGGGUACACUAAGCUGUCUAGGAAGGGCAAUGGUUCCAUGUCUGUGUCCACAGAAGAUGGCGAGAUUGCUGAGUAUGAUUACUCACACGCUCCGAUGUUUGCAAUUGAUUGUGAAAUGUGCGAAACGUGUGCUGGAAUGGAGCUGACGAGAGUGUCUGUCGUGGACGAGUCGCUGACAUGUAUGUAUGACGUGUUGGUGAGGCCAGAAAACAAGAUAACUGACUACAAGACACAGUAUAGUGGUAUAACAGCAGAGAAACUGGAGAAUGUAACGAAACGGUUGACGGAUGUACAGAGGGAGCUGGCUGAUUUGCUUCCGGUGAAUGCCAUCCUGGCGGGUCAUUCACUUGAGAAUGAUUUGCAUGCACUGAAGUUGGUUCAUGAUGCCAUUAUUGACACAACAGUUAUCUAUACAACACCAGAAGCAAGAACUCACUAUAAACCGUCACUCAAAUAUUUGGCCCGUAAAUACCUGGGUCAGAAGAUCCAGCAGGGCAAGGAUGGUCAUUGCUCUAUAGAAGAUGCAAAGACGGUCAUGAACCUUGUGAAACUAAAGCUAGAGAAGGGUCCUGACUUUGGUAUUCCACAAGAGGCAGUACCUGGAAGUUACUUUGCUCAUCUCGCAGAGUCAGGACGACAAGUGUACUUUGUGGAUCAACCAACACUUCAACGCUACACUAAUGGCAGCCGUGCUCAUAGUGUUGUUUCUAUGACAGAUAAAGAGACUGUAUCAAAGGCUUGUCAUUUUGUCUCUAAAGCCGACUUGUUGUGGGUACAUUUACAUGAUAUCGAGAAGAGAAUCAGAAACAUUAGAGAUGAAACAGAGACUUCCAGCAACAAAUUAGAGGCAUGUCUCACAUCGGUCGACACAUCAAUCAAUACAAUAUACAACAGAGCACCCACCAACACACUAUUUAUAGUAAUCGCCGGUAGCGGCAACAUACACGAAGUCAAACGCUUGCAGGAGACGCCAAUGCAUCGUCCCGAGGCGUUGGCCCAUGCGGUCAUGGCCGCACGUAGCGGCCUCGUUUAUGUCAAAAUAAAGAGCGAAGACGAGCAACAACGAGUGGAAUCAGUUAGAGACGAAGACGGUGCAGUAGCUGGUGAGUUGGAGGCGAGAUAGUCUGGGCCGGGAUGAGCUGUAUUCUAUUGCAUAACGUCCGUAUGACAAACUACCACUGAGAAAUCAAUGCAAAAAAGUAGGAAUAAAGUCUAGGCGUUUUGACAGUCGAUGGUGUUAGUAACCAACGUGGAGGUUAAUUAAUUAGUAUUGGCA